AUGUCUUCCCGCGACCGCGCGGCCUACAGAGCCGAUGACGCGUCGCAUCACAAGCUCCUCAGCCAAAAGGAAAGAGAGAGGAUCCUGCGGGCCAAUCUUCCCAGCCCAAACGACAUUCCGACCGUUGCAGCCUCCAAGGCCCAGUCGCAACGUCGAUCACGACUCGGCGUGCGGAGGUUUCUAAAAAACCAGCUCUUUGUGCUCGUGUUUGCCGUCAUGCACGGCCUCUUCUCCCUGUACAUCCGCCUGCGCCAGGCCAUCCACGUCGUCAGCUACCAAGUCUCCUCCGUGCUGUACUACCACCACGGCACGCCAGAAUACAUUCGACGAGAUGUGGUCGGCCUUGGCCGGAGGCCCGAUCAUCUGAGCGCCAUCCUGAAGGCCGAGGAAAACCAGAGGCCCAAGGCCGACCUGGACCGUCUGAUUGAGGAGACUGCCGAGCUGGCAGCUUGGUGCGCCAGCGCCGAGAUUCCCAUGCUCUCCGUCUACGAAAAGACAGGUGUGUAUUCCGUCGCCGAACAUGCCACGUUGACAUUUGGACCGGAUCCUCCGUCUGACGCGUGGAAACCAGGCAUCCUGAAAAAGCACAUGCCCCGAGUCUACGAGGCCGUCAUGCGGAAAUUCACCUUCUACUUUGCCGGCCAGCAUCCAAGUCUCCUGCUCACCUCUCCGCACAAGGAUGCCUACUCGUCGCCAGCGCUCGCCGGUGACGCACGCGGUCACUUGAAGCUGCAUCUCGUCUCUGCCCAAGACGGCAGAGAGUCCAUCGUCGACCUCACCAGAACUUUGGCGGAAAUGUCGCAGAGGGGCAAGAUCUCUCCGCGAGACAUCUCCAUGGAACUGGUGGACGCAGAGCUCUCGGAGGGCAUUAUGCCCGAGCCUGAUCUUCUCGUCCUGUUCGGCCCCUACGUCGAGCUGUCCGGCUACCCGCCCUGGCAGAUUCGCUUGACGGAAAUUUUCUGCCUUCAGGACAACGAGGGAUUCGGAUAUCAGGUGUUCUUGAAGGCUCUCCGCAAGUUUGCCAAGGCCCAGAUGCGCAACGGCAAAUGA